CCCCUCCGUGUUCCCGCCUCCAACGUCAGAUAGUUGCGGUGAGUCGUCGAUAUCCUCACGACUCUAUCGCUUCCAAGUCAAAUGUACUGCUUGUCUAAGGCAGAAGAUUGAACGCGGUUGAAACGCGCUUAAUCGAGUUGAGCAGGCCAACGUUGCCACCAUGAAUCAAUAUGCUUGCGAAGAGUGUCGGAGCAAAAAAUAUCGAUGCUCCAAAAAUAGACCUUCUUGCUCUUACUGUGCGAGACAUAAUAAGUUAUGUGUCUAUUCGAGCAAGGUGAUUAGAAGCCCCUUAACACGCGAAUACGUGACAUCGCUGGAGAAUCGAGUGCAACAACUUGAAGCCCUGCUCGCAAGGCUCCUUCCCGAUGGCGAUGUGGAAUCCGCCCUUUCCCAAGUCCCAUCCCCAUCCUCUCCAGACUUCAACACGUGGGUCACAGUUGAACCCCGGCGGCCUAAAGUGGAAACCACAGAUUCGCUACCAGAUGAGAAAGAGAUACCUUCCGAAGGACCUCCAGAUGAUCUUCCUAUUUUAUCUAAUGGUUUCGAAUGGUCCGAGCAAGAUGACGAUCCUACUAACUACAUUGCAGAUGGUAUGGCAGCCCUAUCUGUGGAUCCACAGGGCGCUGGAUAUCUAGGUUCCGCGGCUAACGUAUCGUUACUUCGCUCUUUGCAAAGAAGUGGCUGGUGCGUAGUGUCUUCACGGGCAAGCUUAAGUGAGCUCUCUGGGAAUCCAAGUUCCCUCUUGAAUACAUGGAGCAUUCUACUACAGCCAUCGAACCAUCGCCAAUUAAGGGCAACGCUCAUUGACGCAUACUUCUACCAUUAUCACCCUGCGUAUCCUAUUGUCCACGAAGCGACGUUUCGCGCUCAGUACAACGAAAUACUGCCAAAACCCAGCUGUAGUAGUUGGGAAUUACUACACAACACCAUUCUCUGCAUAGGAGCCUGGUGCCUAGGACAUGAUGUAUCAGGGAUUAAAGAUCUUUUCGGGCUGGGUUCUCAAGGAUUUAAGUUUGCGGCCAGCUUCUCAUCAGGGAACCUCAUUAUGGUGCAAGCUUUAAUGCUGUGGAGCAACUAUAAUCAGCGUCAAAAUAAGCCAAACACAAGCUGGAACUAUCAGGGGUUAGCAGUUAGAAUGGCACUUAGUUUGGGAUUACACAAGGAAUUUCCAGCUUGGAAUAUAAGUCUUUUAGACAGAGAAAUCAGGAGAAGGGUCUGGUGGUUUUUGUAUAUCGUCGACAGUGGGGCAUCAAUGACUUUUGGCCGCCCAGUGCUACUCCCGGAGGCAGGUGGGAGCAUGGACAUUGAAUUGUUUCUCAAUGUCCACGAUGAUUGUCUGACAGCGGCUACCACCGAGAUUCCGGAGGAUGCAAAUGAACCCACGCUGUAUUCAAGUCUUCUCAUGCAAUCAAAGUUCCACCUCAUGGCCAAUCCACUUUACGCACGAAGAAUCGGAAACCCAGACCUGGGAGUAGCCGAGGUCAUGACCAUGAACUCGAGAAUCAGCUCGUGGAUGUUGACCUUACCUUACUAUUACCAGGAGAACGCCAACCUGCCCAACUUGACUGAAUCAUUGGCGCUCUCACGCUACCGGUUCUUCUGGCGUAUACGGAACUUCAGGAUGCUACUACUGUGGCCGAUUCUUAUCCACUACACAGAGAAGACUCACAAUAUCCCGAACGCGAGGGAUAACGAGAUAAAUGAGACGGCCCGACAGUUGUGCUUGAGUUACGCCCAUGACACGAUCGCAUCGAUCGAUGAGUAUCUUCUAUCUAAUAUAUCAGGAGCUUUUGGAGACUGGUACGCUCUGUACUACUUGAUACAGUCCAGCCUCAUUCCCAUCAUCGCUAUGUUGACAGUCCCAGAAUCGCCAGAUGCAGUAGUAUGGACAGCGGAUAUAGAGACGACAAAGCGACUCCUUGGCUCUGUGGUAACACAUCAAGAGCUUGCUCGCAAAUUCCUAGACAUAGUGAAUCGCUUUUGGCCAUCGAUAGAUGCUGUGGCACCAGGAGAAUUUAUGGAUGGGCAGCAGAGCGAGCUUUUAAAUCAGAUUUAUACCCAAUUCACGAUGGACAGUAGCGAACCUCAAUUUCUGUGGCAAGGAAUGUAUGAGUCGGGGAAUUGGGCUGCUACUCCAUAAUAUAGAGUUUGCCAUAAUGUCAUAUAGUUAAGAUGUAGGUCGUGACAGAGAAUUACGCUGCAUUGUGCUCCGGCUUGUAUCGGAGUGCUCGCGCCCGGAUGGCCCCAGUAGGAAGGAUUUAAAUCUACCACACCUGACGAAGUACUGCUGGGAUGGUGACCAAUUUUACGUUGUGAAAGUCGAUAGAAUUCCUUAGUACGUGCAUGUCCGGAGUGCUGUUCUCCGGUUGUUAGCAUCAGUAAGUUUUUUCGGUUGAAAUUCCAACU